AUGAAUCAUCCUAUCCCUUCUAUUUGUUUCAAAUGGAAACAGACCUUAACGCUCACAGAUCUGCUGAUUGCGUUCGGCUAUGCUCUGGCUAGAACCAGAAAUACCAAGACCGGAUCAGCAAAAAUCACCAUCGUGCUAGCGACCCAUCGUGAGGGCGGGACCCAAAGCGAUCGGGAGGACAAAGCGUCCAUCGGCGACCUGAAGAAGAAGCUUAAGGUGGUUAUGAGAGGUAUGGCCCACCUGAAUAGUUUCACCAGGCUCGUCCCGAGCUUCUUUACGAAUGCAGCGGCAGCAGCCAAUGUCUUCACCCACGUCGAUCCAGUGCCAGAGAACUUGGUUGACAAGGUUAUUGACGAGCGCUUCAUUGUCAAACGAGCAAUUGGAAAUGGCACGUGGUAUCACAACCACUGCAAGAUCGUCAUUACUGUAUGUUGGAAGCGACAACGCCUAUCCUUCGUUCAAUGA